AUCUCUGAUACAUUUCGAAGGUCUCAUUGUCUAUAUAUAGUGAAGCUCUCGCGCUAUAGCGCGCACAGACACACAAAAAAUGGACCUCUUGCUCUUGAUUUUGGGCCUCUUUCUCUCGUGGGGGCUGCUUCGAGCCCUCCUCUACUUGGCAAAUAGAGGUAAACCGAGCAUGGUCGGGGUAUUGCCUCCCGGUCCAAGGCCAUUCCCGGUGAUCGGGAACCUCCUCGAGCUCGGGGAUCAACCCCACCAGUCACUAACCAAACUUGCCAAGACCUACGGCCCGAUCAUGCGCCUGAAGCUGGGCAGCAUGACCACUAUGGUCAUCACCUCGCCCCCACUGGCACGAGAGAUCAUCCAGACCCAUGACAUAUUAUUUUCUAACCGUCUCAUCCCUGAUACCAUCACGGCUCACCGUCGAGAUGAGUUCGGGCUGUCUUGGAUGCCAAUGUCUCCCCUCUGGAAAGAUCAACGCCGGAUCUGCAACAUGCACCUUUUCGGGAACAAGAUCCUUGACUCGAACCAAGACCUCCGCCGCCGUCAAGUCCAGGGACUCCUGGCUCACGUUCGGAAGUGCAGCGAGUCAGGAGCCUUGGUGAACCUUGGCGAGGUGAUAUUCACAGCUUCGCUCAACCUGUUGGCAAACGCAAUGCUCUCCAUAGACCUGGCAGACCCUACCUCAGAGACAGCCAAGAAGUUCAAGGCGGUUGUGUGGCAGAUCAUGGUAGCGGAGGGAACGCCAAACAUGGCAGACUACUUCCCGAUGCUCAAGAAGAUUGACCCACAGGGUGCGAAGAGGAGCAAUACUGAUUGCAUCACGCAUAUGUUUGAUGUCUUCGACCGGGUCAUCGAUAAGAGGCUUCAGGACAGGAAAGUCCCCGGCGCUGUCAGGAAGAAUGAUUUGUUGGACGUUCUUCUUGACCUUAGUGAAGAUGACAGCAAGGAUACGAGUAUCUUUCAUAUUAAGCACCUAUUCCUGGACCUUCUUGUUGCAGGGACUGAAGCCACGGCAAGCACAAUGGAAUGGGCGAUGGCCGAGCUGCUUCACUGUCCAGAGAAGCUAGUGAAAGUGCAGGCUGAGCUCGAACUGGUGAUUGGCAGGGACAACCCUAUCAAGGAAUCCGACGUUGCCCGAUUGCCAUAUUUACAGGCAAUGGUGAAAGAGACCUACAGGAUGCACCCGCCACUCCCACUGGUACCCCGCAUGGCCGGAGCCAACGUGCAGGUCAGCGGCUACACAAUCCCGGAGGGUGCACAAAUCCUGGUUAACGUAUGGGCCAUAGGGAAAGAUCCAACCUUGUGGAAGAACCCAGACAAGUUUAUUCCGGAGAGGUUCUUGGGACUGGACAUUGAUGUCAAGGGACAGAACUUCGAGCUCUUGCCAUUUGGUGGAGGGCGGAGAAUUUGCCCUGCCCUGCCUUUGGCCUCAAGAAUGAUCCACCUGAUGCUCGGUUCACUUCUCAACAGCUUCGAUUGGAAGCUUGAAGACGGGAUUUCUCCGGACACCAUGGAUAUGGGAGAAAAUUACGGGUUAACCUUACGAAGGGCACAAUCUCUCCUGGCUGUGCCUUUACCGAUCAAGAAGCAAUAGACCAUAGUAGGCCUCUCGCUUCACAUGGCAGACGAGAACGAGAUCCUUUGUAAGAGAGUCGUAUGCGGCUCAUGCCAUAUGUUCAUUGUGGUUGUAGGGAUUGUUAAUUGGUCCCAGAUCAUACAUAAUAAUUUGCCAUUUUUGCCAUAACAAAAAAGGCCAGCUUAAGUAGUUCUUAUGUACUCAAAUUUCACAGUUCAAUAAAUCGAUUCGGAUCUCGUUCUUCCACCAAAA